AUGAAUGAUGGCCAUGCACCUCUGAAGAUCGUCAGAGCAUGUAGUACUCGAUGGUUGUCAAUUGAAUCUGCAGUGUCGCGAAUAAUUGAUCAAUGGCUAGAACUUAAAUUACAUUUUCAACUUGAUCGUUCAAAUGAAAAAUGCUUUACUGCUGAAGUUUUAUACGAUAUGUAUUGUAAUGAACCGAAUUUGGCUUUUUUUCUUUUUUUGAGACCUGCUUUAGCUGAUGUACAAAGAGUUAAUAAAUUGUUUGAAAGCAAUAACGUCGAUCAGACAAAAUUACCAGAGAAUUUUAAAGUAUUUGAAAAAAUAAAUAUGUUAUCACCUACUAAUGUAUUAAAACAAGUGAAAGAUAUAAUUAGCACAUUAUGUGAAGUUCUAGGAUAUGAGAGCAAAUUGAUUGAAACAAUUGAUUUUCAGUGGCGUAAAAUUAAUGUUUUACUGUGGAAUGAAACAACCAAUGUUGUACAAUUUUGGGCUGAAGUCAAGAACUACACAGAUGCCUGUGGUGAGCUCCCCUAA